UUUGAGGAGGGAUCAUUGCACUCAAUGGGCCACCAGAACCUCACGGUGCCAGCUGAAUUUAUUCUGACAGGUGUCACAGAUCAGCCUGAGUUGCAGCUUCCCCUUUUCGGGGUCUUCCUCAUCAUCUACCUGUUGACAGUGCUGGGAAACCUGGGCAUGGUCAUUUUGACCAAGGUGGACUCCCGCCUCCACACGCCUAUGUACUUCUUUAUCAGACAUCUGGCUUUCAUUGAUCUUGGCAAUACUACGGUCAUAUAUCCCAAGAUGAUGGUCAGUUUCAUUGUGGAUCAAAACACUAUUUUUUAUUAUGCAUGUGCCACACAGAUGGCUUUCUUCUUAAUGUUCCUCAUCUGUGAACUCUAUGUCCUGUCAUCCAUGGCGUAUGACCGAUACGUGGCCAUCUGUAACCCUCUGCUCUACAAUGUCAUCAUGUCUCAGAGGAUUUGUUUUGUGCUGGUGGGUUUUCCAUACGCCUUCAGCACCUUUCAGUCUGUGUUGAUCACUAGUAAGAUUUUCGUAUCCACCUUUUGCGGCUCUAAUGUCAUCAGUUAUUUCUACUGUGAUGAUGUUCCUGUGGUCCCCAAACUCUGCACCAAUUCACGAGAGAUCGAAUUAUUGAUCAUUCUCUUUUCUGCACUUAACUUGAUCUCUUCCCUCAUGGUAGUGCUGGUGUCCUACAUACUAAUUCUCUUAGCCAUCUGCCAAAUGCAGUCUGCAGAGGGGAAGAAGAAGGCGUUCUCCACCUGUGCGUCUCAUCUGACUGUGGUGGUGGUGUUCUACGGAUCUAUGCUCUUCAUGUACCUGCAGCCCAAAUCCGCUCAUUCUUUCGAUACUGAUAAAACGGCCUCUGUGUUUUACACUCUGGUGGUUCCCAUGCUUAACCCCUUGAUCUACAGCUUUCGCAAUAAAGAAGUGAAAAAUGCUGUUCGAAGGCUAUUUCAUAAUCCAUGCAAACGUGUUUAA